UUAUAGAUGUGAACUUUUCGCUACUUGUGAUCAUUCGACAUAUAUACUGCCACCACUGACUGCUUAUACUCUGGAUAAAUGCUGUGAUUACCUCGCUUAUAUUCUCAAAAACCCUGCUGCAAGAUCACAAAACGGGUGCAAAACACUCAUUCCUUCACUGUUGGCCUUCCCGCCCUCUAGCGGGCGUGAGGGCCAGCCAGAGGGGCCCUGCCUCCUCCCUGCUGCCGAACUGCUAAAUGCGUUUCCUGUCCCUGGAUCUCAUGAAUUGCGAGUGUGAUAUUAUAGAAACUUCCAAGGAAAGCGAGCACAGCAUGGAGCACUUCCAAGAAUGAGCUAUGGCACUCCAUGUCCGAUUAAAACUCAUCUACAGGUGAAUUCCUCAUCGCUCACCGUUUCCACAGGUUGUGGCAGCGAACUUCCCAUUUUAUCCUUUUCUAUUUGUAGCCGGUGCCACUCCCUCCCGAUUCGUCAGGAUAAAGCUGAAGUGUCGUCCAGGUAGAGUAUAACUGCAGCACUUUGUCCAAUAGGAACAGCUCGUGGUGCACCUUGUUGUACACCUCGAUGCUUAAGUAAAACAGAGAGAGAGCUUUGGACUUACCCCUGAAAUCUAGCACUUUAUAUUUUAGCAGCAAACUUUUCUGUUUCUGUGGAAGUCAAAGGCGCAGUUUUGAAGAUGCUCUGUGCCUUUUUGCGUCUGAAGUUGUGAAGUGCAAGAGGGGGCAAAGGAGUAUUUUUUUAACACGUCUGAGUUUCCUUUUUCUUUUUUUUCUGUCUUUAAUCAAAGCCUGCGACAUUUUUACAGCCGAGUGGUCGUUGGAGAGCAACCUGGUGACUUUCAGCGAUGGCUGGAUGCUGUGUUUCAGCGGAGGAGAGAGAGAACCAGAGGAUCAACGAGGAGAUUGAGAAGCAGCUGCGGAGGGACAAGAAGGACUCUCGCAGGGAGCUCAAGUUGCUGCUUUUAGGCACUGGAGAGAGUGGAAAGAGCACCUUUAUCAAACAAAUGAGGAUUAUCCAUGGAGGAGGAUAUACAGACGAGGACAAGAGGAGCUAUGCCAAGCUGGUGUACCAGAACAUCUACACGUCCAUGCAGACAAUGGUCCGAGCUAUGGAGGCUCUUGGUAUAUCUUUCACUGAUCCCCAGAACCAGAGCCAUGCCAGCGCAGUCCUGGAGGUGGAGGUGGAUAAGGUGAAGGACUUAGAUAGCAACCUCGCCAUGGCUGUCAAGAGUCUGUGGGGUGAUCCUGGAAUACAGGAGUGCUAUGAUCGGCGCAGGGAGUACCAGCUGUCCGACUCCACCAAAUACUAUCUCACAGAUCUGGAUCGGAUUUCACAGCCCUCAUACAUACCUGACCUUCAGGACAUCCUCAGAGUCCGAGUCCCAACCACUGGUAUCAUUGAAUACCCCUUUGACAUGGAGAAUGUCAUUUUCAGGAUGGUUGAUGUGGGUGGUCAAAGAUCAGAGCGGAGAAAGUGGAUCCACUGCUUUGAGAACGUCACCUCCAUCAUUUUCUUGGUGGCACUCAGCGAAUACGAUCAGGUCCUGGCUGAGUGCGACAAUGAGAACCGCAUGGAGGAGAGCAAGGCCCUGUUCAAGACCAUCAUCACCUACCCCUGGUUCCAGCGCUCAUCUGUCAUACUUUUCCUCAACAAGACCGACAUCCUCAAGGAGAAGAUCUUGUACUCUCACAUAUCCACCUACUUCCCUGAAUUCACAGGACCUCAGCAGGAUCAAGUAGCAGCUCAAAAAUUCAUCCUAAAAAUGUACCAAGAACAAAACCCGGAGAAGGACAAGACGUUGUAUUCUCACUUCACCUGCGCCACGGACACAGAAAACAUCCGCUUAAUCUUCAAGGACGUGAAAACAGCCAUCCUCAGGCACAACCUCGGGGACUUCAACCUGGUGUAGAAAGGUUGCAUACAGCACAGGAGCAAAUGCAUACAAGAGAAGACUUGAGGAAAGCCGAAAUAGAAAAGAAUCUAAUUAUCAAUCAAGCUUAAACCAAAAAAAAGAAAUUUGAAAUUGUUUCAUUUCUAACAAGGGAGAUCCAAAAAAGAGAGAAUACAAACAUCCUGUACCAGACAUACUAACAUGAAAUUGUGUUUAGAUGCUUUAGUUUCCCUUGUAGUUUUUUAGUAUUUGCUGUAAAUGAUACUUUACAGUGGAAAUGAGAAAGUGAAAAUUAGUAGCAAGUAACUGACCCGUUGUGUGAACUACUUAUUUAAAUAGACAUAUGAUCUGAGUGCUUUAAUGUAUGUAAAUGUAUCCCCAUGUAAUAGUUUGACAAGGAUGCUCUUUAGCCCGGUUUUGUGAUUUCAUAAUGUUUAGAAAUGGUUGCUCUAACACUGAGACGCAUGUAAGUGCCUUAUUUACUCAGGACAGUCAGCAGAGCCACGGAGUUCAUAGUGUCAGAUGUAAAUAGUCUGAGAUGUGCUUUGGGAAAAAAAAUACAACUGUUUCUUCUAUUUAUGGUUAUUUUCAAUAAAGAGAUAUAAUUAUUUAAUAAAGAGUACAAGUCAGGUGCCUGAUGUUUUCUUGGUGCGAGAAAUAAAUGAAGACCGCUUUGAAAUUUAAAAAAAAACUUUUAUUUUUAUUGAAAAAAAAAUAUGGGAAAAAAAGCCAGCGCAGUGAAUAUUUUGUUCGCCGAAAACAAAACGAUGUUAAUGGCAGCAGUAGUAAUAUUAAACAGUGAUGCGCCCAAGACCAUGUUUGGCAUUGCAUAUGUGUGGUAUAAAAACAUAAAAAUCACAAAAUUUCAUACUGCAAGCUCCUCAUAAAGUCUGAUGCCAGGAUGGAUAUAUACAGAUAGACAUCAUAUUAGGUCAUAUACAGCAAACUGAUGCAUGUAAGUACAGUAUAAAAAUAGCAUGCAUCUCUGACUCACACACUCAACAGUCUUUAUUCUGCAAUGUAUAAAAA